AUGCGCGACCUCAAGCUUACCAAGCAUAUGUUGCUAGCAGUCCCGCUAACGCUAUUGGCUGCUGCUGCUGCUACGACGACGGUCGCUGCCGCGCCAGCAUCAGCAUCCGCAUCAGCAACAUCGGCGGCAGGAUGGAGCUACUGGACCUCAACAUCAGCCGAGCCGCACUUGGUGGAAUGCGCUUCCGAGGUGGCCAAAGUGCAAGGCGUUGGCACUGUAUCUUAUCUGUAUCGAGCAUCUUCCGACGACGCUUGCGCGCAAAGCUCGGCUGAGGUGCACCAUGCACGUGAAGAGGUGGUCGUCUUUAAGCAGGAAGCUUUGCAGGAGGACGCGAUGCGAACCGCAUUGGCAAGCACUUGGAAGCAUCGUGCGCUGACAGCACUUGUCCCGGACGCGCACGACGCAGCUGCUGACGAGGCGUCCAAUCAGCUGGCAUUCCAUCUUGCUACCGCGUCGACAUCAGAAGCUAUCAGGUUGAUCAGCGUCGACGAGGACGCGCUCCUGCUCGCCGUGUCGCACAAACAGCUAGCAACAAUCGACAAGCACGCCACCUUCGAUACGCGCCUUGAACGUCUCAUCUUCCACCCUGUCUCUCGGCUAGCAGCUGAUGAAAUCCCAAAGCCCGAACCGUCAUUUGAAAACCCCAAGUACAACACGGUGAUAGCCAAGAUCGCCUCGUCCUCGGCAUUCCAUCCGGAACGCAUCAAGAAGGACGUGCGCAUCUUGACAGGAGAGGAUGUACAGCCCAAGCAGAUCGGAACAUGGCACAGUCGACACAGUUCCACCUACGGUGCGCGCUUGGCGGCCGAGUGGAUCAAGCAACAGCUGCAACAGUCUCUUGCUGCUUUGAACGGUAGUACGUGUGAGUUUUUCGAGUACUCGGCCUACUUUGCACCUAACGUAGUCUGUCGUAUCGCGGCCACGUCGGCGGUCAAGCCGAAAGGCGAGGUGGUUAUUUCUGCACACUACGAUUCGAGAGGAAGCUUUGGUUCGACCACAGCCCCCGGUGGCGACGAUGACGGCUCCGGCACCGCUGCUUUGCUCGCGAUUGCACGCUCCAUUGGCUCAUCCGCUCUCAGAUUCUCGUCGCCCAUCCAACUGAUCGCCUUCUCCGGAGAGGAACAGGGCCUCGUCGGCUCGCAACACUACGCCGCGUUCCUGCACACCGCCAAAGUACCCGUCAAGCUCGCCUUGCAGAUGGACAUGUUGGCCUAUCGAAAACCGGGAGAACCAAUGCAGAUCGCAUUCCCCGAUAAAUUCGUCACCAACACCGCCACGCAGCUCGUCUGGGCCAUCACGCAUCUCUACGCACCCGAAUUGCAACAGGGCUACACACCCGCCUGCUGCUCAGAUCACCAGAGCUUUUGGCAACAAAACUUCCCAGCUACCUGGGUCUUUGAGCGCCACGGUCCGAUCGCCGAUCCCAUGUACCACAAUUCAGCCGACGUCUCUGAUAGGCUCGGAUACGAUCUCGACCAGCUCAGCAGCAUCGCCAAGGUCGUCACCGCUACGCUCUUGCAUGUUGCCCACUUUGGCUUGUGA